AUGUCGGUGCCGCGCGAAGGGUGGAAGGCGACGGACUUUGUAGUGGACGACAUGGUGUACUCCAGCAUUGACGUGCUCAUAAUGGACGCCCUACGACACCUACAAUGCUUGGAGAAGAAUAGCACGCUCAGGCUGUACACCGCGUUCAUCUACCACUACAAGAAGUGGGCGGCGAAGAUGCUGAAGCAGCUACGCGACAAGCUACCCCAUGAGCAACGACUUAGGCACGUCGACGAGAUCGGCCACUACAUCCGCGACAACAAGAAAGAGGAUUGGUGCAACGAGAAAGUGGUCCGCCGACAGUACAUCUGGCUGCACGGCCCUAGGGUCACCGAAACCCGGCUGCGCGCCUACGUGAAGCAAAUGAGCCGUGAGUGUAACCUCAUUGUUGACCAGCCCGGGGAGGAGAACAAUGCCACGCGAACGGGGCCUGAACUGCGCCGAUCGUCGACGCGGCACCAUCGGCGAUACCUACACCGCCGAGCAGUUCCGCCAGAUCAUGAUGAGGGUGCUGCCGACAUGGGCGGCGGCGGCGUGGAACCCGCGGGCUACCACUACCGUCGCAGACGCUGUGGCGAUUCCUGCUCAUCAAGGUGCUCACGCUACUCUCCCACCACACUCUCCUGCGCGGCGGCAGCAUCCGCGAGAUCCACGCUCCCCGACAUCUUCUUGUACCACCUGGCGAGCACCUCGGAGGUGAACCCGGAUAGCCAGCCGGUCGUCAUGGUGAUCGCCGCGCGUAACUCGAAGACUUCCAAGGAUGCCCGUCUUCAGCAGAGCUACGCUGCGCGACCACCUGGAGCGGAGCUGUGCGCCGUCGGCGAGACCGGCCUGUGGCUGCACUUCAUCCUCGACCAGAUCGUCAGUUCUCCGGCACCGACUUUCUUUCGCCGCUUGACAUCACAGAACGCGAACGCUGGUACAAGAAGCAUCUCUUCUUCGCCAGAAACGACAAGGAGCAGGAGGAGCUCUCCGCCGCCACCCACCAACGUUGGACUCGGCAGGUGUGGAACGACCAACAAGGUGUUCUGCAAAAGGAACGUGCACGCCGCCCGCGCCGGAGGUGCGCAGGAGUUAGCCAUCGGAGGGACGCCGCGCGCCGAGAUCGCCGAGCUGGGACACUGGGCUCUCGACAAGAUGACGCGUGCGUACAUCACGGCCAUACCCGUUGGGGUGGUGAUGCGGAAGGCCGGCUACUCGGGACUCAAGCAAGACUACUUCUUGGGGCGCAGCAGGGUCGAGCCCUCCGACAAACUCCUGGACCUCCUCGCCGAGCACAUCUUCCCCGGCGUGGAUUGCUAUGCUGCGCGAU